AUGGCACUUGAGCCUGGUUCGGCGAUCAAUUCUCAAAAGGAUCUGCACACGCAGCAGCACUCUUUCCGCAUCGCCGCCAAGCAGUUCGCCAAAGGCCCGGUCACUGUUCACCUCGCUGCAUCUGGUGAUCUCGAACGGCUUGGAGCCAGCUUCGCGAACUUCCAGCGCUUCAGGGGUCCUGAUCCUCCACAGGAUGUUGUCGUGCCCUAUUCGGAGAAGAGCGAAGAACAGCGAAGAUCGCUGCGCUGCCCUAGAACUGCGCCUGCAGAAGUGGCACGGCCCUUCGACUAUUCCUUCCCUGUUCCGAGCCGUCGGGAAGAGCGUCGUGCUCGAAUGGCAAUGACAUUCUCCAGUCCACUUCAUGGCGUCACUUCCCAGCGAAGCGCACAGUUUGCGGACUUUCUACGGGCUAAAGGCACAUUGCCAUCACGCCUGCCAGCUCGCUCGAUGUGUGAGUCCCGAAGUGCAUCGGAACUCUACGCAGAACCGCGAAUGUCCUUGCUGUCCCAAGCUCCAGACAGAGCCAACACCAUUCUGCCGUCCUGGACAGACAGGAAGCUGCAAACGACGAUGGUGUGGACUGGCAUGGAAAGAGAAAGAUGGGAUACGUUGCCAUUGCAAGCCACACUGCCCUCUCAGAUGGGCAGAUCUGCAAGGCUGAUGCAGUGA